AUGAAAUCUACUGCUCUCCUUCUUGCCGCGUCUUUGAGCCCGGCGUUGGCUCAGGUGUCAUCACACCCAUUUCCCUGGUCGGCUCCCGGGCCGGACGAUGUGCGAGGGCCUUGUCCGAUGCUGAAUACACUUGCAAACCAUGGGUUCCUCCCACACGACGGCAAAGAUCUCACGGAAGACCGCGUCGUAGCGGUCUUGAAUAAUUCCCUGAAUCUGGCCGACGAACUGUCCCAGUUCCUAUUCCAGGAAGCAUUGACCACCAACCCGGAUCCAGACGCUACCACGUUCUCUCUGAAUGACCUUAGUCGCCAUAAUAUCUUGGAACAUGAUGCCAGUUUGAGCCGUCAGGACUUUUACUUCGGGAAUAACCACGACUUCAACCAGACCAUCUUCAACGAGACCCGAUCAUAUUGGACCAAUCCUCUCAUUGACGUGAAUGCAGCCGCCCAAGCCCGCAUCGCCCGGGUGAACACCUCCAUGGCGACGAAUCCGACCUUUAGCGUGUCGGAAACGGGUUUGGCGUUCAGCUAUGGAGAGACGGCCGCCUACAUAAUUGCUUUUGAAGAGGGUUCGCAGACGGCGAAUAGAUCGUGGGUGGAGUAUUUCUUUGAACAUGAGCGUCUGCCCCAGCAGCUGGGCUGGACGAAACCUAAAGAGGUCAUUACGAGCUCGGUCCUUCAAGGUGUGCUUUUGAACAUCGUCAAUGCUUCGAAUCCUUCUGCUUUGGAGGUCGCGGAGCUGAUUGAUUUUGUGGACUUGCAUGCUGGCUAUUCGCCGUGA